GGCGGGGCUUGCUAGAGUGAGCAGAGACAUGUUUGCACCAAUAAACUAGAAGUCGUAUCAAGUCUAGUCAUUUGUUGGACGUAGAGAGGAGAAACUGCAACAAAGGCGUCGACCCAGUCACGCCAGUAUAGAGCCAACACCAAACUCCGCCCUUGGUAUCGAUCUCGUCGACAUUAGGAUCGAUGCGCCCCGCCCCGCCCCCACCCGACAGACUCCUUCCAAAAUGGCGCAGGCGGGUCCUCGCGGCACACACUGGGGGGAGGACGAGACCGUCUUCUUGAUCCACCAGCUCAAGGAGUUCAACAUCCUGCGCUGCCUGGACGGCCGCAAGCACAGGAACGGCGAGGUGUUCACCAAGGUGGCCCGAGAGUUGGAGAACGCCGGCUUCUGUCGAACCCCCGAGCAGAUCCGCGUCAAGUGGAAGCGCAUGAAGCAGCUCUACGUCAAGGCCAAGAAGGACGCAAAGAGCGCAGACGCGGCAUGUCCUUACUUUCACCUCUUCGACGACCUGCUCGGACGCCCGCUGUCGCAAAGCCAGAGUCCGGCGUACGGCUUGGAUGUUGGCUUCGGGGCUUCCUUUUCAGGGACGUGGACGCGCCGCUCGGCAAAAAGCGAGGUGGCCGAGCGCGGCGACUCGCACCUCCGCGAGAUCCGACCGGCUCCUUCCAACUUAAAAGCUGACGUGUGGCAGUACUUUGGCUUCUACGACGUGCCCGACGGCAGCAGACUGGACAAGAGCCACUGCAUAUGCAAGGUGUGUCGCUGCAAAAUCAAAUACUUGGGCAACACGUCCAACAUGAGAAGCCACGUGACUCGGUUCCACCUGGCGGAGGCGGCGGGGAGACGGCGGGACGCCACGGGCGACGCCACAAAUGCUGACCCCACAACCCUCGAGGAAGCAAUUAAGAGCGAGCCAGAAGAUCCAGACGAUGAUCCGGAGGAGCGUCCAGAUGCUGAAGAGCCUGCAGUCAGAAUGGAAGAGACGCUUGAAUCGUCACGUUUGACUCCCUCUCCGUCUUAUGUUGAUGCAAGUCCACCUGUUUCCCAGAGAAGUCCUGCAACGGACUCAUUUGAAUUGUUAAAUGAAAGGCCUAGACCAAGGGGGCGGUGGUCCGAGGUGGAGCGCUUCAUAGCCAGCAUGGAGAGGAUCCAGUCGGUCUUGGUGGAACAGUUACGGCAGAGCCAAGAAAGGCAGGAGAGGCUGGUGAACACCCUCCUCCAAAGCAACCAGUCCAUGGUCGCCGCUCUCCUCCAAGGCAUCCAGAGUCUCAGGCCACAGCCGCCGGACCACCCGCCCCCCCACGUCAAGGAGGAGGAGGAGGAACUCUGGAUCACCCAGGAGGGGGGCUACCUGGUGGAGCCGGACCUCACCAGGGCGCCGCUCGCUGCCGCCGCCGCCGCCGCCUCCGUCAAGAACGAAGACCACGAAGAGAAACCGCCCGAGUGCUCCCAGCGUCCUCACACUCCAAGACAAACACUCUGAAUGCGCUAAAAAGAGAAGUAAACACAUUUUAAGGACUCCAUUUUUUGCUGAAAGAUUCUCUCUGAUUUUGCUCGACGGAGAAAAAACUUCUUAAACUUUCCGCACUUUUGUUCCGUUUGAUUAUUUCCCCCGUCUUUUAUUUUUAACUGUACAAUGGCUCACAUCGUUCUCACCCCUUACAUAUGAAACUACGUUCACACUGCAAUCUGAUAUGUUUAUGUAGUCCUUCACAUUUGUCAGAGUUUGUAGGUGCCGAACCCCAAGAUGCAGAGAAGGCGGAAGCCAUUGUGCGAGAAAACAUGAUUUAAUUCUAUAGCAAAAAAAAACAAACAAAAGGGAACAAACAAAAGGCGCGCACAAGGCGGAGAACAAACUUGGCUAUGAACUAAAAUAGCACAGAGGCUAACUGUGGACAAGAAACAAAAACACUUACUGUGACACGAAGGAACUAGGACAAUGAGCAGAGUGAAACAAAAGUAGACAGAGCUACAACGACAAGUAUUAAGACAGGUAGUAAUGACAAUGACAAUGACAAUGACAAUAAUCCAGCACUGACUGGAUCAGCAGCUGGCUGAUUGACACCAGGUGUGGCCAGGUGCCAAUCAGCCACAGCUGAGGGGACACAGCACUCAGGGAGACAAACAGGAAACAGAACCAAAACAAGAGCGCUGACAGGAAAUACUACACACACACACACACACAGAGGAAAAACUAAAACACAACCAAACUGUCAGGGGAAAGCCUGACAACAUUACCGUAUUUUCCGCACCAUAAGCCGCCCCGGGUUAUAAGCCGCGCCUUCAAUGAACGGCAUAUUUCAAAACUUUGUCCACCUAUAAGCCGCCCCGUGUUGUAAGCCGCAUCUA